GUCAAACCUGAGCACCACAAGAGUACCGUGCAAUUUUCUUGCAUAAGGCAUCGUUUUAUUUUCUUUCAUUUAUCUUAGUUCCUUUGUGGCUUGUUGUGCUCUCCGUGUGUCUAUAACGAAUCUUCCGCUGUAAAUAGUUUUCGGAAUGACACCAUUACUGUUUAAAGAUGCAUUUUGGGGCCCAGAUUUUACCAGUAACAUCGGAUAUGAAGCUCUUAUCCAGAGACUAUGCGAUGGCCGUCGAGCGUGCAAAGACAUGGAGGAGCUCCUAAAAAUGAGAGCGAUGGCAGAGGACCGGUAUGGCAAAGAAUUAAUAACUAUAGCACGCAAGGCAGGGGGUCAAAGUGAAAUUGGAACUUUGAGGGCCUCUUUUGACCAACUAAAAACUCAAAUGGAAAACGUCGGAAAUUUGCACAUCCAGCUCUCAGCGAUGUUACGAGAGGAGGUGAAACGUAUGGAGCUAUUCAGAGAGCGACAAAAGGAGCAAAGAAAGAAGUUUGAGGCGGUCAUGGAAAAGGUUCAGAAGAUCAAGGUGUCUUUAUAUAAGAAAACCAUGGAGUCUAAAAGGACGUAUGAACAGAGAUGCAAAGAGGCUGAUGAGGCUGAACUGACUGCUGAAAAGUUCAACAAUACUUUAACCGUCACACCUAAACAAUGUGAAAAGACACAAAACAAAGCAAAACAGUGUAGAGAGGCAGCCACAGAUGCGGAGAAGCAGUACAUGUCAAACAUAGAACAGCUAGAUAAGAUUCGGCAGGAAUGGGAAAUGACACAUGAGUGCACGUGUGAGGUCUUCCAGCAGCAAGAAGACGAUCGCAUAAACAUUCUGAGAAAUGCUAUUUGGGUCCAUUGUAAUCACUUCUCCAUGCAAUGUGUCAAAGAUGAUGAGUGUUAUGAGGAAGUGAGGACAACUUUAGAAAUGUGUGACAUCCCAGCAGAUAUAAACAGUUUCGUUAACAUGAAAAGCACAGGCACCACUCCGCCAGCGCCCAUUGCAUUUCAGAACUUCUAUGAUAAAGAAUCCUCAGCGGACAGCAAUGGCACGGCACGCUUUGGAGGGGGCGUUAUAAAGAGGUUUUCCCAUCUCUUGCAAUGCAACACUGCAAUUGGUUUAAAGAAUAAUACAGCUGAUGCUCCGCCACUGCCACCUACUGCUGAAAGCUCAGAUGGGGUGUAUGCCUCAAUUCCUGGAUUUAAACCAGAAACUCCAAACAAUGUUGCCUUUCAGAGUGAUAAAUACCAGGCUCAGUAUGACUAUGUUGCUCAGGGUGUUGAUGAGCUCUCCAUCUCUGUGGGUGAGGUGCUGCUUGUGGUGGAGCAGGGAGGAGACGGCUGGUGGACGGUGGAGAGAGAUGGACAUACUGGACUGGUGCCAGGCUCCUAUUUGACAAAGAUAUGAAUCCAGAGCUGGAGAGGACCUGAGCACACUGGACAGUCUCUGGUUGUUCUUAAAUGCCCAUUAAUAGCAGAGUGAUUAAAGGAGCUGUGUGUAACAUUGAAAAGCACAAGUUUAUCUGAUACAUUUUAUAUUUGCAGUGUUUUUGUUGAUUGCAAAUUACAAAACUGCUCAUGUGUAUAGAGGUUGCGUCCACCGGAGGUCGCAUUAAUGGGCAAUUGCGCUCUCAUUUAAGCAAUGUGGCAACCUAGCUGUCGAAAUACAGUAUUAGGUAAAUUGGCAGUGGCAGGAUCACACAGACCAAAACCAAAAUCCGAUCAGUAAGUGCCAUUUCAAAAAGACAACUGGCCACAGCAUUGAUUUUCAGAAUAACUUUGCACGUUUCCUUAAUAUCUACAAAUAUAUUAUAGUAAUGUUUUGAUUUAUUAAAGUCAAAAUUUUACAUACAGCUCCUUUAAGGAUGCAAGUGGGGGGUUUCUGUUUGCUGAUCAGCAUUUACAGUACACUCUUAAAAUAUAUAUAUAUAUAUAAGGUAAGAAAUGGUUAUUUUAAAUUAAUGGUUCCUCUAUUCCACUGCUGUGAACAGCCUUUUUGCAUCUUUAUUUUUAAGAGUGUAACAAAUCUAUAGUGAGAAUCUGUAGGAUCAUUACGCCGUUAUUGGUGUAAUAAUGGGAUUAAUUUAUUGUUUUAUUGAAAGGUUAUUAUUUAUUGUGAAUAAUAGACAAUGAUCUAGCCAUUAGAAUUGUUAUGAUUUUAGUUUCUACAAAAGAUGAUUUAUGCACAUACUGUACAUACUGUACAAUUACAAAACUCAGGACUAUGUCUAUAUUUGAUGACUUUGUGCUCAGCUAGGAUUUUAUCCAAGAAUGUAUCGAAGUUUAUAAUGUUGUAAUUAAUCAACAUGGUGGCAUAAUUUGCACAAUAAAGUGGUGCAAUGAUGGUUCCUUUAUAGCCAUUGCCACGUUUCUCACACAUAAUUUCCCAUUUAUUGUAACAUUAUACAACAGUUAUGUUUUUUUCACAGUAACAUUAUUGGUUUGAAUCAACAUGAGCAUAUUCACAUAUGGGUUUCCUAAAUGUAAUGAUGUUUGGAUUGGUUUGAAGGCUAUGUGGUGUACAGUACUUUCCAUAUUGCAAAGACACCGUGCAGCAUUGAAAACCAGUUUGCUGAGUGUAUCCGUGUAACAAAAGUAAUGAAAUGAGCCUGGGACAAG